UCUUGUUUGGUUUUGUAUUUGUUUAGGUAGGAGGUCAGGCUCUUCAUCUAGUACAAGAUUCAGUUAUUUCUGAAUUUGUGCUUUAUUCUACCAAUGAGGUCAUACAAUGCCCUGGAUUUCACAUACGGUAAUCAAAAGAUAGAACUUUGCUAAGAUCAAAAUUUUACAUUACAUUACUGAGAAAUACAGUUAAAAUCAUUGUUCGUUUUCACUGACCUGUAAUGACAUUAUGAACUACCAGAGCCCAGGGCCUGCACAAACCUGCAGGACCCACACACGUCCCAAAUGUAACACAAGAGAAAAUGUUUGUGAAAUAGAGUUGCACACAUAUUUUCUGUGUGGCGUUAUUCCCUUUUGCGUCGCAACCAUUCAUCACCCAUAUGCAUCCAUCAAAAAGGUUCGAGUAUUUUUCAAACGGAACAAUCACAAGCCGAGUUGGAUUUAUGGUGUCAUUUGACUUGUCAAUCAAACCAUUAAAUAUGCAAAUGGGCGGUACUUUGAUUGAUGACGUCAUUUGACGAGUACCUGUCAAAAUGGGUGUAGUGUAGCGGAUGAGACUACUUACACUCUGAACUUCCCAUAACGGCUACCUCUCUACAACGGCAACUUUUCUCUGUCCCCAAGGUGGCCGUUGUAAAGAGAUUCAACUGUAACUACAAAAGUAUAUUUUACGGAUGAAACUUGAUGAUGGAGCUAAAAAAGUGUUUAAUUAAGCUUUCAGCUCUAUUGCAUUUGUGUUCAUUUAUUUUCCUUCGGCGAGUUUGUUGGUCCUUGUUAAAAUAAUAUAACCAGGUAAUAUGCACGCUUUGCGUACCUAUCUUUUGAAUCGAUCAGUUUCAAAGUAAAAAUAGUUUAUUCGUCUCAAAACAAAAUUCCCAGCAGACAGCAAGGACACAUUAACACAAGCAACAGAUCAACAAUCUUAGGUUACAAUGGAGCUCAGCCAACCUUUUGUGAGCUUUUCUAAUUUGAUUGACCAGAUUAAAAUAGCAAAGUUCGUAAUGGCUAUAGCAAUUAUCAAUUCUGUCUUCUCGGAAUAAAGAUGGAGCUAUGUUUGUUAGGAAUUCUCCAAAUGAUUGCAUUUGACUGCUUUGUAAUUCUCAAAUUUUAAACAGCGAAAUAAAUUCCCUAAAUGUGUAAAAUGUAAUGUGUGACGGAUGAGAUACUUAACAUUACAUUCCUGACGUAACAAAUUUUUUGACAUUUGAUUGGCUCCAAGCAGACUGUUAUGACGUUAAUUCAUUCGGUUUUCUCGGAAACUAAAAUAUAAUGUUGAUGCAACUUCACUAAACAAGCGACACGUGGCGAUGGAGUCCCUUUUGAAAGACCUCAAGAAACAUCUUGAAUGCUCGAUUUGUCUCGAUACCUACAAUGAACCCAAAACCAUAUCAUGUCUACACACAUUUUGCUGUCAGUGUUUGGAGAAUCAUGCGAGAGCCAGUCACAGACAAGGAAAGUUCCGUUGUCCAGAGUGCCAAGCACAAAUCGAUCUACCCGAAGGAAAUCGUUUCAAAAGUUUACCGAGCAGUUUUUUCCACAACAGUUUGUUGAGUCUCCUUGCCGUUCGACGGACUGGCGACGGAAGUAACAUUACUUGUUCACAAUGUAAGAAAAACAACUCCCAGAUGUWCUAUUGCUUUGACUGUGGAMRGUUUAUGUGCCCAGACUGUUACAACGCACACGAAAUGCUGAGUGAGUCGUUCGAAGGACACAGAGUCACCCCAGUCAAGGAGUUUAAAGCAGAAGAUUUCGAAGCCUUGCUGAAGCGACAGCCAUUUUGUUCAGAGCAGUUCCACGAGAAAAAAAUUACCAGAUUUUUCUGCUUUUCGUGCCAAGCUUGUGUUUGCCAAAUUUGCAUAGUCACUGAUCACCGAAAUCACGAGAUCGUUUUACUCGACAAAGCAGCUCAUGACGAGAAACCCAACAUCAUGUCUGGCGCUGAAAUGGUCAACGAAAGGGUGAACGAGCUUAUUGAAGUGAUUCGAGAAUUUGAAGAAACGGCUUCUAAGUUGGAAAACAAUGUCGCAACCGCUAAACGCGAAGUGUCGCAAGCUGCUGGGCAGAUGAUCGAAGUGAUUCGAGAGCGCGAGCGUGAGGCGAUUGUAUCACUCGAGACAAUACGCGUGACGAGACUUGGGAGAAUUGAUUCCGCCAUCCAGGAAGCUCAGUCUCUGCUCAAACAAAUGAAGCAAGCGCUUGAGUUUGCUAAAAAUCUGACAGAGAGAAGCUCAAGCUCGGAUAUCAUGAGUAACAAGGAAACUUUGAAGCAGCGAUUUGAGGAGUUGCGUGAAAUCGAAGUUCCAAAACAUGAUGAGAGCUCAUUCGUCAAAUUUACCGGUGCUUCUGUAAAGAACUUGAAGUUAGGUUUUAUUGAGACAAUUCCAAAGGCACAGGCAAAUCGAUCAACGCUUGAAGGACUGAAGCAAACUCUUCAGGCUGGUGUAGAAGCAGUGUUUACAUUAUGCCUCAAAACCUCUGAAGGAAAGACAAGUAGCCAGGCUGAUUUGAAAGAUCAAGUUGAAUUUCUGAUUGAACCCGCUAAAGAUGUUGCAAAUGUGUUUGUUAGCGAGAAGGAGGACGGUAAUCUUGAGCUGAAAUUUACUCCCAAAGUACCGGGCGCCUACAGAAUUGAAGUGAAGAUCAAUGGCGAUAAACUUCCAACCUGUCCUUUCACAGUGCAGGUGAAAGAACGUAAACUUGUUGUCGUUGGCGGGUUGGACUUAAAAUUCUUCCCAGGAGACGUGCCUCAGAGAUUGUAUGGAAUCGCUGUUAACACAGAGGGUAAGAUAGUUGUGACAGAUUACAAUGGCCACUGUGUUUAUGUAUUUGAUAAAAAUGGUAACUGUUUAAGGAAACUUGGUGGCAAAGGGGCAAAUCGUGGACAAUUUACCAAUCCAAGUGGUGUUUCGUUUGUAAACGACAACGAGAUUCUAAUUGCAGAGGAAAUGAAUCAUAGAAUACAACAAAUAAAUAUCCAGACAGGAACUGUUGUGAAAUGCUUUGGAAAAUAUGGCGCAGGGAAAGGAGAGUUUAAGCAUCCAGUUGACGUUUGUGUAGAUGAUGAAGGACGCAUUGUUGUAACCGAAGGUUGCGGUCAAAGAAUACAAGUGUUGUCGAAGGAUGGAGAAACUAUUUCCAUAUUUGGAGACAGUGGUCCAGAGAAACUCGAUAUUCCAGUGAGUUGUAUUCCUUACAAAAACAAGUUUCUAUUAUGUGAAGUGAGCAAUAACUGCCUUAAAGUUUUCAGUCAGUAAGGAACUUUCUUGUACAAGUUUGGGAAACAAGGGAAUCAAGACGGACAAUUUUACUAUCCGACUGAUAUGUUUCUACUCAGCUCCAAUAAUCUUCUUGUAUGUGAUAUGAACAAUAACCGAGUUCAGCAGUUUUCUUUAGACGGUCGCUUCACAGGCAAAACUAUCACUGAUUUACCACGUCCUCUUGGAAUAGCAACAGCGCCAGAUGGACGUAUUCUCGUAACUUCAUCUAAGGCAGUAUACAUACUGAAGUAGAUAUUUCAAUAGCCAUGAUAGCCUGUAGCAUGUAGCAUGCUCAAGACUUUUUUUUAUAAAUUUAGUGGUCUCUAUGAUGACAAUGUUAUGCAACGUUUUUUCAUCUUUUUUUAGCAUUCAUGAUGCUUUUAUAUCUCAAUGUAUGGUCAAAUUCAGUGGAAGAUUAGCAAAUCUAAGAAAUGACAAUAUAAGGGCUUUCAAAUUUAGAAAAGAGAAGAUCGUGUAAAAUAGUAAAAUAUAUUACUUUCUAAAAAACGUUAUUUUUUAGUUUCGCCUUAAUAUGGAAAAUUAAACGCGAGAGAUGUCUCUAUUUUCAGGUAA